CAUUCAAAUACUACGCCGUUGCGUGGCCGGAGCGUCUGAUGAGCCUGACGGUCCCAGGAAGCAUCGCUGCUUAUUUCGUAUUUUAUAGCGAUAAAGGCUGGGGGAAACGAUGAAUUUCGAGGUCAGGGAUUACAAAUGAAGACAGUAAAAUAUUUUCAAAUUAUUUCAGGUUAGAUUGCUGUCAACGUCAGAUCACUUUUGUUAUGAUUUGACGUUAAUAUCGGCGAUGUUUACUGUGCUGCCUGAUAAGUUCCUCUAAACGGUGGCCAAUAACUGGAGCUUCUAGCAUUCAACUGCCUAAAUAUUAGGCAGAAAAAUACAAAAAAACACAUUAUAUAUUAUUUUUCUACUGGGUCGUGGGCUGGCGGCAAGCCAAGAAUUGACUCUGGAGCAGGACACGGAGGAUAGUAUGGCCAUGACGGGAGGGACUGCAGCUGCCCUUCCCAUGAGCAACCACACCCGAGAGAGGGUGACUGUGGCCAAGCUGACACUGGAAAACUUCUACAGCACUCUGCUCACGCAGCAUGAGGAGCGCGAGAUGAGGCAGAAGAAGCUAGAGAAGGCCAUGGAUGAAGAGGGUUUGCCAGAUGAGGAGAAAGUAAUGCGUCGCUCGCAGCAUGCCCGUAAGGAGACAGAGUUUUUGCGACUGAAGAGGACGCGACUUGGCUUGGAUGACUUUGAGUCCCUUAAAGUUAUUGGACGAGGUGCUUUUGGCGAGGUUCGUUUGGUGCAGAAAAAAGACACAGGGCACAUUUACGCCAUGAAGAUUUUGAGAAAAGCGGACAUGCUGGAGAAAGAACAGGUUGCUCAUAUCCGAGCAGAGAGGGAUAUUCUGGUGGAGGCAGACGGUGCCUGGGUGGUCAAAAUGUUCUACAGCUUCCAGGACAAGAGGAACCUCUACCUCAUCAUGGAGUUCCUGCCUGGAGGCGACAUGAUGACCCUGCUGAUGAAGAAGGACACUCUGUCUGAAGAGGCCACCCAGUUCUACAUCGCAGAGACAGUUCUGGCCAUCGACUCCAUCCACCAGUUGGGCUUCAUCCACAGAGACAUCAAACCAGACAACCUGCUGCUGGACUCCAGGGGGCAUGUGAAACUGUCAGAUUUUGGCCUGUGUACGGGACUGAAGAAGGCUCAUCGCACAGAAUUUUACAGGAACCUGACGCACAACCCACCCAGUGAUUUCUCCUUUCAAAAUAUGAACUCCAAGAGGAAAGCGGAAACCUGGAAGAAGAACCGGAGGCAGCUGGCUUAUUCUACUGUGGGAACGCCAGACUACAUUGCUCCGGAGGUCUUCAUGCAGACGGGAUACAACAAGCUGUGUGACUGGUGGUCUCUGGGCGUCAUCAUGUAUGAAAUGCUCAUCGGUUAUCCACCUUUCUGCUCUGAGACGCCGCAGGAGACAUACAGGAAGGUGAUGAACUGGAAGGAAACCCUCGUCUUCCCACCUGAAGUCCCCAUAUCAGAGAGGGCCAAAGACUUGAUAUUAAAGUAUUGCACUGAUGCUGAGAACAGGAUUGGAGCUGUGAGUGUGGACGAAAUCAAGAGUCAUCAGUUUUUUGAGUCAGUGGACUGGGAGCACAUCAGGGAGCGGCCAGCAGCCAUCUCUAUUGAAAUCAAGAGUAUCGAUGACACCUCAAACUUUGACGACUUCCCUGAAUCAGACAUCCUUCAGCCAGCCAGUGCAACGGAGCCAGACUUCAAGUCGAAGGACUGGGUGUUCCUCAACUACACAUACAAACGCUUUGAGGGUCUGACUCAGCGAGGCACCAUCCCCACAUACAUGAAGGCAGGGAAGGCCUGACACGCUGAAACGGGGGAGACAGCGUUGUGGAGCAAAAACAGACGUUUACGGACACAGGGUCGGGCCGUGGAGCCCCGCUGGUGCUGAAGGCUGUGCUGUCAGCCUCUCAGUAUAAAUUUAACCGUCAUCACAAGUUAUUUAGGUCUGCUCAGCCGCCGCAAGAACGCGGAAUACUAAGGAGCGUUACCGCAUUACCUCGGUUGUUUAUAUCGUAUACACGCGCCGUCUUUAGCCAUAGCUCUCAGGCCAGCUCAAUAACUAGGACACUUAAUCAGCAUAUCUGCAUGUUCAGCGGCAUAUUGCUUCUGGAGAGGAUAUUUUGCCGCCUAAAGGUGAAUGAGGAUGGAAUACAAAUCCCUGCUUCGACAUCUUCACAGUGAUAGUUUCUACAAGGGUGGCUAAAUUAGCUCUGAUGCAAACAAUGUCAAAUACUGAAGGCAAGCUCUAUACACUGUAGUCAAACUCUGAGUGAGUAAGAACAGGUGCCCCUCACUUGUUCUCGCCCACGCUGUUGUACUUUGUAUUUUAAAGGAAAGUUCCAGCAUGAUUUCCAGGGUUUCGGCUCACUUUCUGCUUUUGUGUUUAAGAAUCACUCCCACUGACAAAUAUAGCAUCCAUUUUAAAGCUUAAAGUGUGAAAAAUCUUCUUUUUUUUCUUUUGCUGGCAGAAGCAUCUUGUUUUGGUUUAUCUUUUGGCUCGACUGGGUUGUGUUUAACAGGAAGUGGAGCGCGGUGCAACCUCAACAUCAGCUAUUCUUUAUGUCAGAAGAGACCACUACUGGAGGUUGUAGUGGUGCAAGUUCUUGGUAGCAAAAUGCUAGUUAGCAGAAUGCUAGUAGAUCCCAAUGGAAGCUCAAUCAGUAUCAGUAUUAGUAUCUGAGACAAUGGUAGGAAGUGCCAAGAAAUGUUUAGUGCUAAUUAGCAAAUGUUUGCAUGCUAACACGCUAAACUAAGAGGGUGAACAUGGUAAACAUUAAACCUGGUUAACAUCAACAUGUUAACAUUGUCUGCGGAUGUUAGUAUGCUAAUGUUAGCAUUUAGCUCAAAGCACUGCUGUGUCUAAGUACAGCCUCACAGAGCCACUUAGUCUCUUAGUCCUGUCAGGUUCUGUAAGAAAUGUAGCAAUACAUUUAUAUAAAAAAGUGACAGGGAAUUCUUUCAAAAUGUAAACGUUUUUAUCAUAAUAGUUGUAUAAUUAUUUUUAGCCUCUUAUUCACAGCGAUGGAGGAGAUUGAAUGGAACGUGUCUAGUUGUUUUCAGUAACAAUUAGCAUUAAAGAGAUUUAAUGCAAAACUUUAAAUCAUGCUGGAAUCCUCCUUUAACCCUGAUGGUGGUGAUAGACAGUGCGACUUUGUGUCAGCUCUGGGAGGCAACUCUUCCUGUGGCAUUGCCUCAGCGCUAUUGCGUUUCUCACAGAGGAACAACUUGUUGCCAGGAAACAUCUGAAUGCAGUUUAGCCUGUGCUUGACAUCCGUUACUGUGGAGUGUUGCCCGUUCACAUAUGCCAAACAAACUGCUGAGUGUGUCACUUCCCCUUAGAGCCAGUUGCUUUGUUCAGAUCAGUGCUACAGUAAUUGACAUUUCCCCUGAUUUUAAUUCUAAUGAGCCGAACGGCCAAUCACUUCCUUCUUAGAUGGACAAAACAUGCAAAGUGCCUUUAAAUAGCUGAUAAACAUUCAACCAGAUAUUUUAGUGAUGUUAUCAGAGAUUAAUCAGAAGGUAUUAAUUACUAUUAGAAAUAAUAAUUAAGCUGUUUGAAGGAGAAAAGUAGCAACAGGUAAAACCGAAGGGGGAAAAAUAUAAGCUUUAUAAGUCAACUUGCAACAAUUGUAUCUCUUAAAGCAAAUAGAAAGCUCUGAUGUGUCAUAUUUAGUAUGUCUGCAGAGUGAUAAAACAUGUGAAGUGAUGAAGGUGAUAAAACAGAGUGAAACAAAGGCAGGAUAGAAAACCGACAGGUUUAUAGGUUAGAUAAUAAAACAAGGGGCUCAUAAAAUACAAUGUGUCAAGGCAAACACAAUGAACAGUGUGUCUGUCAACUAAAGAUUAAACUAAAAUAGAUAUGAGAGACAAAAUCAGAAUAGAUUAACAUGGUGGAUAUCAUAGACACAUGUAUGGUUUUUGUUCUUAAAUGUCUUGUUCAUUUUGAAUUAAAUAUCCAUUGGAUGUUUUUAAUAUUUUUUUUUUCAAAAACAACCCCCCCUCACCAUAAAAAGCUAAUGCAGGGCCUCUUUCCCAACAAAACAAACCAUUUAACCAUCACAUCCGCUCAGAGUUGUGACUAGACACAGCGUAAAAAUAGUUACCAAAGAACUCUGAUCAUCACACGUCGUGAUCUGAACACAAAUUCAGACGUAGCUGUCGCUUACUGCACUGAACUUAAAACUACCUUUUUAAAAAGAAAACACCCACCUUUCCAAGAAAGCUCAGCUUAGCUAUGGAAUAAUUUGCCAUUUCUAUUUCUGCACUAGACAGAAAAUGAGUGUGCAGACACAGUUUCUCAGUUAGCACAUCUGUUAAGUGUCAAAAUGCAAGAAAAGCUAUAAAUGUACAUACAGGGACAGAAAAUAUACUGUGGACUUUACCAUGUAGGACUAAGUUCAGCUGUAGCCAUCACAGGAAUCCCAUAUUAAACUGUUUGUGGUGCUAUUUCUGAGGAAUUGAUUGUUAAAGUAAGUGGUCUUGCUGAUUGAUAAAUUAGAGCGGUGUAUCAUAAUACACCUGUACCAGUCUUUCUGCUUAUAUUUUAUCUGUUUAACCGAAAUUCAUCCAGGUAGUCGUGUUAAAACUGGCCGAGAACGCACCAUAAAGACUGACAAAAAAAGUUAUUUGCAAACAACACAAGCAAUGUACAAAUAAGGGUUGACUGAUGUGUAUAUUUGCAUUAUUUUAUUAUUUUUCAUGUUUUUCUUGAUAAUAUUCAGUGUAUUUAAAUUGGAUGACUAUCAUGUCACUUGGUUUCCCCAGAAUUUAAACGGGCACUCCAGCGAUUUAGUAUUGCACUUCUGUAAAAGCUUAAUGCAGCAGAGGCUGAAAUAGCUUGACUUUUAGUGCCUAGUAUGGCUAAAGUUCCAAAAACAGUGAAUCCUACACUUUCCAUAAUGCAACUCGAUAGCAGCUUUCAUUAGACCCACCCUGUCUAGUAAAUGCCUAUCUCGUAAAUGUAUAGUCUCUAAACCCCAGCCGAGAUAACCCUUAUGAGAACUCCCACCGAAGACAUCAUUCAACUGCUUUUCAGAGGCUGAGUAGUACUCCCCAUGAUGGCUAAACUGAUCUUGUGGAAUCAGUGGAGUGCCCUUUUAAUUACUGACAGAAAAUGUCUGGAAACAUGUAGUCAAACAACCCUGAUUGGCCAGUACUUUCCCCCCCAAUUAAAAUCCAAACGUAUGAUUCUAACCCAAAUCCAAAUAUCAUCAACGCUAAGACCAGGCUGCAGGACUGUUACUGGAGGACAGUAGCAGGACAGAUGCAUGAUGGGGGAUUUUGUUGAUGGCUACCGCUGCAGAUUCCCAGUUGUGUCUAAUCACUGGAACACACUGACACACCCUGGAAAAAGCCAAACUGCUGUAUUGAGAGCAUCCCGUUUCACAGCCAAACAGUUAAGAUUGUUCAUGAAUGACUGGAGUGUGAGUGAGUGUGAGUGUGAGUGCAACUGCUAGGGACAAAAGUGACAUUUUCAUGAAGUAGAUACUCAGUGCUUUUUGUUGUGAGGUGAUGUGUGACCUUGUUCGAUGUCAAACUCAUGUUCUGUGUUGUAAUAGAGAAAUGAUCACACUUUUUUUCUUCAAAAGUAGAUGCCCAGGAGAUGAAAAAAUAGGGGGGAAAACUGUAUUUAGAAUCCAUACAGUUCUAUAUAUGUACAAGAUGACUCAAAAUCCAUUACUGUGCCACUUUAUCUAAAGGGACCUAAAUUAUUUUGACUUCAUUUCUCCGUGAGGGUGAGAAGAGUUCUGGAAAUGUUUCACUGUUAUCAUGAGUUAAGCCAGACGAUUCAUUUCUGAUGGACCAAACCAGCUUAUUCACUCACCCUGCGUUGUUAGUCAGAUCAGUGUCACAUAAUAUUUCAUGACUGAUGUUUAGAGAGAUCACUUCCCUAACUCGGAGAGCAGGGGAAAGUGUAUUUAUCCUUUUAGAAAAGCAAUUCACAUAAACAAAGGAUGAAAACAGAUGGACGGUGGUCUACUUGUCUGCCUCAGAAACGUCUAAGCCCCGUGACUGGGCUAAUAAUAUGUAAUUCCCCCCUUUUGUUAAAACAAGAAUUCACUUGUAAAAGGUUUAAAUCCUCCUCCACACGGCAGGACUAUGUUGUGAGGUAUUUUGUGUAAUGCUGCGUACAUAUUGGUGUACACUUGAGGGAAACUGUCUUUGGAGUGAAGGAGGAAACACUCAUUAAUAUAUUUAUUCACGUUGACGAGUUUUUAUGUUGAUAAAAUGCUUACAAUAAUAAAAUAACACAACAAGUC